CAAAGAACGUGCUCGUUAUAAUGCUAACCGAGCAGUCACAGCCACAAUAAAAGCAAAUGAAAGCGGUGCUUGUGAGACGGUUGUUGAUGCGCUGAGACUCUACAAACAAAAAAUAAAUCGGAACUCGUAUCAGUGGAUUUCGUUUCCGGUGUAACUGGACAAGCAAAGCAAGAACUGAGGAUAAAAAGCAGUUUACACCAUGGCGUCAGCAUCUGCCACUGUGGACUCUAAGGCAGAGCUGACUGCUCUGCUGGAACAGUGGGAGAGGGAGCAGCAAGGCAACACACAGGAGCUGGUUAACAUCCUUACCAAAAUCUCGGAGCUGGUUGAAAAAGAAACAGAGGAGUACCACAAAGCGGACCCUGACCCCUUUGAUGAUCGACAUCCUGGGAGAGCUGAUCCAGAUUGUAUGUUGGGUCAUCUUCUGAAGAUUUUGUUCAAAAAUGAUGAAUUUAUGAACACAUUGGUGAACAGCUAUGUGAUGACCAGCAGAGAGCUGUCCCUAAAUACAGCAGCAUGUCGCCUGCUACAAAACAUCAUGCCCGGACUGGAGACCGCUGUGGUCUUUCAAGAAAAGGAGGGAAUCGUUGAAAGACUCUUUAAAUGGGCUCAGGAGGCUGAACAGCCUCUGAGAAUCUAUGCCACAGGAUUGUUGGCGGGUGCCAUGGAGAACCAGGACAUCGCUGCCAACUACAGAGAAGAGAACUCUGUUUUGGUGCCUUUGAUGCUGCACAGGUUGCGUGAGCUUCAGGAUAAAGAUGCUGAGAACAAACGGGAAAUCAAACGGCCAAGCCCCAGGAAGACUCUCAGUGAACCUUUGCUGCCUUUAGAUGAGGAGGCCGUUGAUGGAGGCUUUGAAGACAAGCCUUUCUCUCAGAGUAAAAAUACAGACGAAAAAGAAGCAGUGGGGCCACCGGAGGACGCAGAAGUCCCCUUCCCAAGUGUUGAACCUGAAAACGAGCUUUCCUUCUGUUUGAACUCCCCGCCAAGAACAAGCAGCCGUGCCAACUCAGCUGUUAAAACAAUGAUGAAGCCAAUGUCUGCCCCCAGUUCACUGACACACCAAGGAGUGUCUGACGGUAGCAGCUACCUGAAAAGGAAGAUGGAGAGAGAUAAUGCAAGGAGCUCUAAGCAGAAGCUUAAUUUCUCUCUUCCUGAAGCAGAAAGAAACUUUAGUGAACUUUCAAAUAGCAGCUGGUCAGAGAUGAGCCCCUGGGUUAUAGGCAACAACUACCAUCUGGACCCUUUGACCCCAGAGAUUGAGCAGAGGCUUAUCCUGCAGUAUCUCACACCUCUUGGGGAGUAUCAGGAGUUGUUGGCAGUUUUUAUGCAAAUGGGAUCCCGUGAGCUCCUCAUGCACUAUAUGGAUCUAAAGCAGACCAAUGAUGUCCAGCUGACCUUUGAGGCUCUGAAAUAUCUGGCUUCGCUGCUCUUGCACAAGAAGUUUGCUGCAGAGUUUGUUGCUCAUGGAGGUGUUCAGAAGUUGUUGGAAAUCCCGAGGCCUUCAAUGGCUGCUACAGGAGUGUCACUGUGCCUCUAUUAUCUUGCCUACAACCAGGAUGCCAUGGAAAGGGUGUGCAUGUUGCCCCACUCCGUCUUGUCAGAUGUGGUCGGUUACACGCUGUGGCUGUUGGAGUGCUCACAUGCAUCAGGCUGCUGCCACGCAACAAUGUUCUUCUCCAUCUCCUUUUCGUUCCGGGCGGUCCUUGAGCUAUUCGACAAGCAGGACGGGCUCAGACGGCUUGUCAACCUGAUCAGCACACUGGAAAUCCUAAAUCCGGAGGACCAAGGAACACUGCUGAACGAUGAUGAGAUUUUCUCUAGCAGGCAGAGAGCCAAGCACACCUGCAUGGCUCUGCGCAGGUACUUUGAGGCCCAUCUGGCAAUCAAGGUGGAGCAGGUGAAGCAAUCUCUGCAGCGCACAGAGGGAGGUGCCCCCAUUCACUCACAGCCGUAUUAUAAGGCGGUCAGCUAUAGCCGUGAACAAGUGGUGGAAAUGAUGGAGUUUCUGAUCGAGUACGGUCCACUCAGACUAUACUGGGAGCCAGCAGAGGUAUUUCACAAGCUAUCCUGUGUCCAGCUUCUCCUGCACCUUAUUUCUAUUGCCUGUGACUGGAGGACCUACUACGGCAGGAGUGAUACAGUGCGAUAUGCCCUUGACAUCCUGAGCAUUCUCACAGUUGUUCCAAAGACGCAGCUGUUAUUGUCUGAACCCGUUGCAGUUGUCGACGUGGGAGGAUCAUCCGUUUCAACUGUUGGCAUAAGUAUAGUCCUGGCUGUGGCAGAGGGAGAGGUAUUUGUUAAUGAUGCCGAGAUCCAGAAGUCCGCUUUGCAGGUUGUUAUCAACUGCGUCUGUGCACCUGAUAAACGAAUGUCCAGCAUUGGCAAGUUUAUUGCUGGCACCCCCCGCCGCCGCCUGCCGCAGCAGACAAAGGCCAAUGAGAGUGUGCUCACCAAGAUGUGGAAUGUUGUGCAAUCCAACAACGGUAUCAAGGUGCUCCUGUCCCUGCUGACUGUGAAGAUGCCCAUUACUGAUGCAGAUCAGAUUCGAGCUCUUGCCUGCAAAGCUCUGGUGGGUCUGUCUCGCUCCAGCUCUGUCAGACAAAUCAUCAGCAAGCUGCCUUUGUUCAGCAGCGGGCACAUCCAGCAGCUCAUGAAGGAGCCUGUUCUCCAGGACAAACGCAGCGAACAUGUCAAGUUCUGCAAGUUUGCAGCGGAGCUCAUGGAAAGGAUCUCUGGGAAGCCGUUGCUGAUUGGUACUGAUGUGUCCCUGGCGUGGCUGCAGAGGGCCAGCGUGGUAGCUCAGUCCAAGAUCACCUUCCCAGAGAAGGAGCUGUUGCUGCUUGUACGAAACCACCUUGUGGCCAAAGGACUGCAUGACACAGCGAACACCCUCACCAAAGAGGCAGAUCUGCCCUUGACAUGCCUAACUCAUUCAUCCCAUUGUUCACAUUCAGCUUCCUCUUUCCCCGCUGUUGCAGCUCCCCCGCCUUCCUCUCCUGUUACUACCCUUCCCCGCACUCCUCGGCUGGCCAACGGUGUGGGGUCACGACACGGAAACCAUCCCUCUCACACAUCAGCCUCACCAUCCAAUCAUCCACAACCACGCCCUUCCACUUCCCAACCAGCUGGACCGCCUUCCUCUGCUUUACCAUCUACAUCUGCCCCACACUCUAACAGCGGCUCUCCUUUGAUCGGCCGCAUCGUCUUCUCCCGUGAUCGCCAGACACCGUGUGGGGCAGUAAACUGCAAAAAGAACCGAGUGCUCCGACAGAAGUCUGAUCACGGGGCCUUCAGCCAAAGUCCAGCCAUGAAGAAGCAGUUUGACAGACACUUACCUUCUCCUCCUGCCUUGGACAGUAUUAUCACAGAGUACCUGAGGGAGCAACAUGCACGCUGUAAAAACCCUGUAGCUACCUGCCCACCUUUCUCUCUUUUCACCCCCCACCAAUGCCCCGAGCCCAAACAGAGACGGCAGGCACCCAUAAAUUUCACAUCGCGGCAUUCACGUAGAGUUAUAUAUCCCAAAUAUGGAGGUGUUGAUGGUGGAUGCUUUGACAGACAUCUAAUAUUUAGCAGGUUCCGUCCCAUCUCUGUGUUUAGGGAGGCAGAUGAGGAUGAAAGCGGGUUCAUGUGUUGUGCCUUCUCAGCCCGUGAACGGUUCCUGAUGCUUGGAACCUGUGAGGGCCAGCUCAAGCUCUACAAUGUGUUUACAGGCCAGGAGGAAGCCAGCUACAGCUGCCACAGCUCAGCAAUCACUCACUUGGAGCCAUCACGGGAUGGUUCUCUGCUCUUAACCUCUGCUUCUUGGAGUUAUCCUCUUUCUGCACUGUGGGGCAUGAAGUCCGUGUUCAUCAUGAAGCAUUCCUUCCUUGGUGACCAUUAUGUGGAGUUCAGCAAACUCUCACAAGACCGUGUCAUAGGAACAAAAGAACAUGUUGCACGUAUAUAUGACAUACAGACAGGUCAGGUUACUCUGACUCUAAACAACCCAGAUCUGGCUAACAACUACAAGAGGAACUGCGCCACCUUUAACCCAACAGAUGACCUGGUUUUGAACGAUGGGGUACUGUGGGACGUACGCACAGCGCAAGCCAUCCACAAGUUUGACAAAUUCAACAUGAACAUCAGUGGCGUGUUUCAUCCCAAUGGCCAGGAGGUCAUCAUCAACACAGAAAUUUGGGAUCUACGGACUUUCCACCUCCUCCACACGGUUCCUGCUCUGGACCAGUGCAGAAUAGUUUUCAACAACAGUGGCACUGUCAUUUAUGGAGCAAUGUUGCAAGCUGAUGAUGAAGACGACAUGAUAGAUAUGCAAAUGAAAAGUCCAUUUGGUUCCUCGUUCAGGACCUUCAAUGCCACAGAUUACAAACCCAUCGCCACCAUUGAUGUCAAGAAAAAUAUAUUUGACCUUUGCACAGAUACAAAAGACUGCUACUUAGCUGUGAUUGAGAACCAAGACUCUGUGAACACAGACACUGUGUGUCGACUUUAUGAAGUCGGCCGGCAGCGACUAGCAGAGGAAGAGGAGGAUGAGGAAGAUCAGGAGGAUGACGAUCAGGAGGAAGAUGACGACGAUGACGACGACUCCGAUGAUGACAUAGACACGGAUCCUCUCAUCGCUGAGCUGGAGAACGACAAUGGAGGCGAGGACGAAGAUGAUGAAGAUGGAAACGAUGAGUUAUCGGACGAAGAGAUCUCACGUAUUCUGCAAGACGACGGUGAUGGCGGAGAUGAUGACGAUGAUGAUGACGACGACGAUGAGGAUGACGACAAUGACGAUGAUGAUGACUCUGAUAAUGAUGUUGAUCUGGAUGGGGACAAUGACAGCUCGGACAACUCUGACCUUGAGGAUGACAUCAUCUUGUCCCUGAACGAGUGAGGAUGGAGGCCAUCAGCAUUUUAACACCAUGGAUCCAGAGACGUCAAAAUCGCAGACAACUGAUCUCCACCGGAUAAGUCAUGAAAAGAGAAAACCAGCGGGUAAUCUAAUCAGAACACUGCCAGUUUGAAUCUGUAGGUGUUUGAACAGUGAAAGUUAGAAAAAAACAGACAUGAUUGUAUAUGAAAUUUUAUUUAGGAGAAAAGUUAUCCUUUGGCUGACUGGUAAAACCUGUGUGAGGGUGUGAUGAGUUUUGACGAGUCUUUAUUUCAUAAAGCAUCUUUUUACUUUUUUUAGUUUGUAAAUUACCUGUUGAGAAUUACAGGGUGAAGGGUUUGUGUUGAAGAUUCAAACACCAAAACAUCCUGAAGUUUUCUUAGCAAAGCUCCAGGAUUCUGCCUUCAAAUUAAAUUUUUUUUUUUACAAAUGCUCACCGUGGUGCACAAAGGCAGUGCCAUUGAACAUAUACUUUAAGGUGGCCUGAACACUGUAAUGACAUAUGGAUCCAAAUGUCUACACAAACUAUUCAAUAUUUUCUUAAAUUCAUUUUUCAUUUUUACGGAAGUAUUUAGCACAGUGGCUGAUUUGUUAAGGCUGGUCUGAAGAUGAAGCUCUCUUUCCCUGGAGCGUUUAAAAAAAAUAAAAAUUAUUUAAAAGCGUAAAGUUAAGCGAAAAAACCGAAAGAAAUGAAUGUUACUUUUCCUAAGACAGUGAAAUUUAGAACUGUCAUUUUGUAAAUUAAAGGAAAAUCUGGCACAUGCACAGUCUAGUUGUCAUUUGUUUUCCCAUAUGUUUUUGCCUUGUGUGUGUAUGGGUUUUAAUUAGUUUAUUUUCCAUUAGAAAACCUAUUAAGGUCCUUGAAAGUUCUUGUACAGAUUGUAUGUAUCUAAAGUAUUUUUACUAUAAAUAAAGUUUCAGAAAUCCUU